CCCACCUUCUUGCAAUCUUGCCCUUACGAUACAGCAGAGAAGCCCAUAAAUCUACACUCUCACGCUUCGAGCUCGAAACCUAAGCUUCUUUAAGCUUUGAGCCUCAUACGAAUUGCAAUCUCGCUGUUCUUCAGUCUACGAUUCGAAGCUCUACGUUUCCGUUUUGCUCUGAAGAUAUCAGCAGCAGUAAGCUUUAUCUGUUGUGUGGUUUUGAAGAAGAAAAUUCUGAUGGAUUUUGACGCCUAUGAUUAUUUGGAGAAAACUGUUGAAAACCCUGAGCCCCAUAAAGAGAAGGAAGGUGCUCUUAAUGGUGGUGGUGAAACUGGGAAGUCUGGAGACAAAGAUCGUAGUCGCAGUUCGAGGCAUAGGAGUGAUGAGAGGGAUGAUAAUGUGGAACGCCACUCAAAGCGCUUGAGAUCAGGAGACGAUUCGCGUGAUCGUGAUCGGAAUAGAGAGAGAGGCUCAUCUCAUCAACGCUCGCGGUCCAGAGAUGGAGAAAGGGAUCGACACAGGAGUAGCCGGGAACAUAAGGAUAAGGAGAGAGAUGGGGAUAGAGAUAGGGACAGGGAGGAGAGGAAUGGGAAGGAGAGAGACAGGGAUAGAGAUAGAGAGCCAGAUCGUGAUCAGAACAAAGACAGGAGAGAACGUGGCCGCGAGAGUGAGAGGGACAGGGAGAGAGAGCAGUCACGUCGAAGCGGGAGUCGAUCAGAAAGGCAUCGGAGUGACCAUGACGAAAGAGAGAGGAGUCGUGACGGGGAGUUCAGAGAAAGAGAAAGGGAUAGGGAGUUAAGGGAACGGGAGAAAGAGAGCAGCGUGUCAAUUGCAACUAAGCACAUGAGGAAUCCCACCCAUCUGGUGAAGUUGGGAUCUGAAGGAAAUGAACGAUAUAAAGAGAAAAAGGAGGAAGUGACUGAACCAGAGGCUGAUCCUGAACGGGAUCAGAGGACAGUAUUUGCUUACCAGAUUUGUUUGAAGGCAAAUGAAAGAGAUGUAUAUGAGUUCUUCUCAAGGGCUGGCAAGGUGCGAGACGUACGCCUUAUAAUGGAUCGCAAUUCAAGACGUUCUAAGGGAGUUGGGUAUAUUGAGUUCUAUGAUGCAAUGUCUGUCCCUAUGGCAAUAGCACUCUCUGGUCAGCCUCUUCUUGGUCAGCCAGUUAUGGUAAAGCCAUCAGAAGCUGAAAAGAAUCUGGUACAAUCAACUACAGCUGUGGCUACUGGACCAGGUGGGCUUAUAGGCCCCUAUUCAGGAGGGGCUAGAAGGCUGUAUGUUGGCAAUCUGCAUUUCAACAUGACUGAAGCUGAUCUUCGUCAGGUGUUUGAAGCAUUUGGUCAAGUAGAGCUGGUGCAGUUGCCUCUUGAUGAAACUGGACAUUGCAAAGGUUUUGGCUUUGUCCAGUUUAUACGCCUUGAAGAUGCUAGAAAUGCACUGAGUCUGAAUCAACAAUUGGAAAUUGCUGGUCGGCUCAUCAAGGUUUCAGCUGUUACUGAUCAAACAGGAAUGCUAGAGAUUGGAGGAAAUCCUGGUGACUUUGAUGAUGAUGAAGGAGGUGGCUUGUCACUAAAUGCACGUUCUCGAGCACUUCUCAUGCAGAAGUUGGAUCGCAGUGGCACUGCAUCUAGUAUUGCUAGUUCCGUUGGCACUACUGCUGUCAAUAACACUGGCCUUACUUUACCACCGCCACCUAUCCUAGGACCAGGAGCUACUCCUCUGGUACCUCCGGUGGUUGCUCCCCUCACUUUUCCUGCUCUUGCUGGACUUGGCGCAGGUCUUCAAGUUCCCACUUCUGCAGUGCCAACUAUUGAUACAAUUGGUGUUCCGAGUGAAUGUUUAUUACUGAAGGAUAUGUUUGAUCCAAAAGUUGAGACGGAGCCAGAUUUUGAUUUGGAUAUCAAAGAAGAUGUUCAAGAAGAAUGUUUAAAGUUCGGAAAAUUGAAACAUAUUUUUGUGGAGAAGCACAGUGCUGGUUUUGUGUACUUGCGAUUUGAGAAUACACAAGGUGCAGUCGCCGCACAGCGUGCUCUCCAUGGAAGAUGGUUUGCUGGAAAGAUGAUUACCGCGACAUAUAUGGUACCCCAGGCAUAUGAGACCAAGUUCCCUGAAAGUAGAUAGGAUUGUGGAUUCUGGAUGUACAAUGGGAGUCUAAAAGAGUAGUCCGUAUGCCUAUUGAUGCUGCGUUUUAUUGCUGCCUCUUAAGGGUCUUCAGUUUUGAGUUUUUGUUUUUUUUUGGGGUGGGGGGGGAGGAGGGGAUGCGAGGGAGAGAAGCUUCUGUACAAUAAAUAGUUAUCCUCAGGUGUCGGAAAUGAGUUGCUAAUAGCAGAAGAUUGUGAAAAGAAGUCAAUACUUUUAACAUUGUAUGAAAUUGUUACUGCCUUUUACCAUCAAAAUCUAAGAGUUACUGUUUGGAGGCCAA